GCAGCGAGCUGCAGCUCGGCGGGGGCCGGAGGCUGCUGCCCCCGCCACGGCUCCCUCCACCUCGUCUUCCCCACCGGGCACUUGGUGCGCCGUUUCCCUUGAGCCUGUCUCUCGCUUGCGUCUGAAGGGAGUCCCCCACGCUUCUUCCACGGCGCUUUGUUCCUAACCCAACCCCGCGCUCGCCGCCUUGCUCGCGGCUCUCUACCCGGUGUCUUCUUGGUUCCGCCCGGACUUUGCCUUGUCAUGUCAAGAUGGAAGGCAGGAGCGACUGGCUCGCCUCCGCGACCCGCCCUGAGGGCUUCGAGCAGAUGAAGCUGAAGAACAGACCCCGGGAGCCCUCGCCUAGCCUGACCAAAGUGGGCUCCAACUUCUACAGCUCCGUCAAGCAGCAGGACUACAGUGCCAGCGUCUGGUUGAGAAGGAAAGACAAAUUGGAGCAUUCCCAGCAAAAAUGCAUUGUGAUUUUUGCACUGGUUUGCUGCUUUGCAAUUCUGGUUGCACUGAUAUUUUCAGCUGUGGAUAUUGUGGGGGAAGAUGAAUAUGGACUCUCAGAAAAAAACUGUCAAAAUAACUGUCGAGUUGCUCUUGUGGAAAAUAUUCCUGAAGGCAUUAACUAUUCAGACAGUGCACCAUCCCAUUUGUCUCUUUUCCAAGGGUGGAUGAAUUUACUUAAUAUGGCUAAAACAUCUGUUGACAUAGUGUCUUCCCAAUGGAACCUCAGUCACAGUCAUCCAACUGCAUGGCAGGGACAACACAUUUUUGAAAAAUUGGAAGAAUUAUUGUCCCAAAAUAUUGAAAUCAAAUUAGUGAGUGAUGUUCUUCACAAGAAGUCCAAAUUAUUAAAUGACUUGGAAAAAAAGGGUGCAGAGGUGAUAUAUAUAAAUUUAACCGCUUAUAAUGAUGGUCAUUUGCAGUCAUCAUUCUGGAUUGUGGAUAAACAACAUGUGUACAUCGGAAGUGCCAGUUUAGAUUGGAGUUCACUGGGACAG